AUGCUUGCCGUCCAAAUCCUUUCCUUGUUGGCUGUCGCCCUCCCCGCCUUGGCCUCCCACGGUAAGUGGUAUCCUGCAACUUAGCGAACAGGAUCAGACCUUGUUAUCGCGUGCAACGACUGACCGCGCUUUCGCUACCUCUUCGCCUCUCCAGACGAUACCUCGUUCGGCCUCGACAAGCGAAGCAUGCAACGCGAGGCGUCCGCCCGCAUCGCCCUCGCCCGCGCCCGCGCCGCCCGCAAGGCCAAGCGCUCAAUCGAGACCGACUCGGACAACUUGGCAACCCGCAACUUCGAGGAGGCCUACGCCGCUGUCGGCCUCACCCGUCGCGACUUCGACGACCACAUGGAGAGCUCUGUCCUGAGCAAGCGUUCGCAGCCUAGGUUCCGCUGCACCGUCGGCCGAGAGCGUGAGUUUCCCUCCAUGGUCGAGACUCCACCCCCCCUAUGCCGACGCGCCCCGCCCCGGCUCGCCUACUGACCUCUGCUGCUCGACUUACUUCCUCUUCCGUGAUCACAGGCAACGCUCAAGCCAACGCUGACGCCCUGUGCGUUCGCAACUACCGCAACAAGGUCACGUACGACCCCAAGGUCGCCGUUGUCAAGUGCAACCAAGUUUGCACCAUCACCUGCCCCUCCGGUUACACGACCCAGACGAGCGACAAGGCCACCGUCUGCGUCAAGAACGUCGACAAGUGCAAGGGCAAGACUUGCCCCCAGAGCCCCAACGGUGUGAGCGGCUGUGCUAACGGAAAGUGCACGCUCCAAUGCACCACCCGCGGCUACACCAUCAACAAAGCCCAAAACGCCUGCAUCGCUCUCGGCUCCGACCCCAACAACUGCGGCCGUGUAAGUCCUCUUCAUCGCGAUUCGGGAUACUCAUCGCUCUUCUUCCUGAAUCUUUGCUGUUGGUUCUGCUUCUAUAGGAGGGCAACAAGUGCGCCGCCUCGUACGACCAGAAGCACGCCGCCACUUGCGUCGUCGGCGAGUGCAGCCUUGGUCAGUGGUUUCACUCCUCCCUCAUGCGACCAUUUUUCUAAUCACUGCCGCCUCUUUCUCCCGCCUCCGUACAGAUUGCCCCAGUGGUUUCAAGGCCGGCACCAACCGCCGCAGGCAAAAGACUUGCGUCAAGGCUUAA